CGCUUGAUAGAUAGAUAACUGAGUGCUGUUGACUCGUGAUCUAGUGCUUCUUGCUUAACUGACUGUUGAUACUGUAGUUCGAACCUUGCUGCUCUGAAUAAAGGAUGGCAUAUCGCCUCAGAGAGCUAACCUGUGAAGAAGGCAAAGGACACGUCAUCGGUUUUGGUUUUGGUACAGUAGCCUAUCUGUAAAAUACCAGCCAGUCUCACGUUGUUUUUAGUGCCAGACAAAAGAAAGAGUUCUCACUAAUCAGCCAAAGGAUUCACAUGGCCUGCAUCGUGCACACAAAAAAAAAAGAUCUUGUGGGGUUUAUGGUCACAUGGCAAGCAUCUCAGUACAUAUUCCUUUUCCUUGGUUAGUUCAAGGCUUUGAGACCUGAAAUAUGUUGAAAAGAAAAAUAUGGAAUGUCAUUAACAACUGGAGUGACACGUCACCAACUUUCACUUGUUGGUUGUCCAACAGUCUCAUUCCUGGUCUGCUUUAUUUGUGUGCUGGUAUCGGUGCAGACCCAUUGACCCAAGAGGCACAGGUUUUACACCACCAAGUUAAAGGUUCAACUGGCAAGACUGAUUCUGAGUCUAGCUAAAUUAAUUGGUUAUGAACCCAACUCAUCUCGCAGAUCUGGCCAGUCUUGUUUAACAUGCCCACGGUUCGCUGUUGGCAUGCAAGUCGAAUUCAGGGUGUGAUUUCCUUUGAGCGUGUUCUUUUUGGACAAAACACAAAACCUGUUGCUUUAGAUGGGGUAGGCGUCCAGACUGCGGGCCAUUAAUCAAGUAAUGCAGAGGUAGGUAGGAGUUGUGUUUGAUCGGGUGGAUGCACUGUUUGAUCAAAGGGUGUAAAUAUUAAUGAUGUUUGGGAAGAAUCGUCCAGGUGGUUAACAAUAUAUGCUCUGUGAGUAGAUUCUCUCUGAAGCAACAUAUCCUCGCUACAUAAUAGAUAUAGACCAUUCACAUGCCAUACAGUUAGCAAUCUUUGGAAUCAUAAUGAUGCAAAACCAUUCAUGUAUGAAUCUGACUGGAUAGUGAAUACUACUAUAAUAUAUUUCUUUAUUAGUUAGUUGAUUAUAGUUGCCUUAAAAUAAAAAUUAAUUGAGCAUAGGGUAUGCAAAAGGAAGUUGAUAAGCAUUUUUAGUUUGUUAAAGCGCUAGGGUGUGCAAUCAACCACUCCAAGUUGUGUUGAUUUUUUUCUUAAAAAAAUUAUUGUGUUGUUUUCUUCCUGAGGUGUACAUUGUGUUGUUCUUAAGUGACCAUUUUGCCCCCAUGUGACAACAUGUGCAACCAUUCUGUCUUUACUUGAAUAACAUACUUUUCUUUUUGGUGUAGGUGCAGAUCCCUUGACCAAGAGGCACCAGCUUGCACACUAUUGGUUAACUUGAGGGCACAAUUGGCGAGACGAAGUUUGUGACUCUACAGCUAAAUUAAUUUGUUAUGGACCCAACUCAUCUCGCAAAUCUGGUCAGUCUUGUUUAACAAUGUCCAAAUUAGCUGUUUAGUACCUGAUGUCCCAUUUUAUAGCCCCAUCUCUAGGUGCUCAUACAAUGCACAAUUCCAAGCAUUAGCAUCAUCACUUGUUCAGUUCUACCACACAACAUACACAAAAAGAGAGAGUGGAACAGUGCGAGAGCAAUGGGGGAUCUCGUAGUUGGCUUGGCUAAGUCGGUGGUGGAGGGGGUGCUGACCAAGGCCCAGUCGGCGAUCGAGGAAGAGUCGAAGCUGCGUUUGAGCGUGCAGCGUGACCUUGUGUUCAUAGCUGGUGAGUUCGAAAUGAUGCACUCCUUCCUCAACGUUGCCAACGAAGAGCGUGCCAAGAACAGUGUGGUGAGGACCUGGGUGAGGCAGGUCCGUGAUCUAGCCUAUGAUGUGGAGGAUUGCAUCGAGUCUGUUGUCCACUUGGACAGCAAGCCAAACUGGUGGCGUCGUCUUCUACCGUCCUGCAUGGCAGGGGCGGCACUGCCUCUGGAUGUGGUGGUCACAGAGAUAGAGCAGAUCAAGGCCAGGGUUGAGGAUGUUAGCAGGAGGAACUCGCGCUACAGCCUCAUCAGCGACUCUGGCUCCAAGCCAGUCAUGCAGAAACAGCCAGCAGCCAGCACUUCUAUCGGCGCAGCUGCUCUUGACACGCUCAUUGAGGCAAGGGACAGCACGAAAAAACAGCAAGGCUUAGGGGAUCUCACUCAGUUGAUCACCAAGGAAAAUAAUGACCUUGGAGUGAUCUCGGUGUGGGGGAUAGGUGGUGAUCUUGGUAGGACAUCGGUCAUCAGGAAGGCCUACCAAGAUCCGGAAAUCUGCCAAAACUUCAGAUGCCGUGGCUGGGUGAAGUUGACACAUCCUUUUGAUGCCCACAAGUUCCUCCAGAGCUUGAUGGCUCAGUUCUACACAAACUCUUGUCUACAAGAAGGAACCACUGUAGAUGUAGCCGAACUGAAGAGGAUGGAGAUGACAACGAUGAUCCAAGGUGGACUCACUGAAGAAUUCAUGAAGCAAUUGAAAGAGAAGAGGUACCUUCUUGUUCUGGAAAAUGUGUGUACCAUGGGAGAGUGGGACGCCAUCAGGGCAUGCCUACCUGAUAGGAAGAAGGGCAACUGGAUCAUUGUGUCCACAGAGCUACAUGAAAUCGCAAGCUUGUGCAUCGGAUAUUCGUACCAAGUGUUGGAGCUUAAGCAGUACUCAGCUGAGUACCCUGUAUGUGUCUUCUUCAAGGAGGGUUCUCAGGGAAAGGAAACCGGAAGGGUAAUGUCCAGCAACAAUGAGAUAUCCUAUGACAGAAUUCCCACCUCUAAAAAGGAUGUAGCUAGUAGCUGGAUUAGCCAGUUUAGCCUUGUUGGACAUGAGUCACAAAUGAAUGAACUUCGUAACUGUCAGACUAAGGCACGUUUCAAUGAUUGGCAAGUGAUGUCUGUGUGGGGAAUAGCUGGUGUUGGGAAAUCAGAUCUCGUCAGAAACUUGUACUAUGAACGAAUGCUUCAAAAGGACCCAAUAUUUGACAAGUAUGGUUGGGUCCAGAUAUCCCAUCCGUUCAAUUUGAGGGACUUCUCUCGGAGCUUACUUUUGGAUUUGGAUUCAGUAUCUAUUGAAGCCAUGGGAAUCAAAGACCCCAUUCAAGAGUGUCAUAAGCUUCUAAAAGAACAUCAGUGCCUUGUUGUUAUUGAUGAUCUACAGUCCACAGAAGAAUGGGACUUAAUACAACCUGCUCUGGUAUCUAGACAUUCUAAGAGUGUUAUCAUCGUCAUUACAACAGAAGAAAAAAUUGGCACUUAUUGUGCAGAUAAUGGACAGGUUGUGUUUAACGUCAAAUGUCUAGAAGCUGAAGCAUCCGUUGAUCUAUUUAAAAAACAGGUACAAAAGAAAAACCAGGCGUCCCCUUUAAAGAGUUCAAAUGACAGGGAGCUGGAACAACUUAUUGUAAAGUGCGGCAGACUUCCCAAAGUAAUAGUUUCUGUAGCUGACUUUUUGGCACCCAAGACAGUCACAUGUAUGGAUAGCACAAGAACUCUGAAUCACAGAUUUAUGCACGAGCUUGAGAGCAACCCUGAGUUUGGUGGUCUGCGAGGCCUAUUUGGUUGGAUGCAUUCCUACUUCCGUACUUGCCCGGAUUUCCUUAGGCCGUGCAUCUUCUAUAUGUCAAUAUUCCCUGGGUCCCAAAUCAUUCGACGUAGGCGUUUGGUGAUGCGAUGGGUUGCAGAGGGCUACGCCAGGGACACCAAAGACACCACGGCUGAGGAGAAAGGGGAGGUGCUCUUUUCAAUGCUCGUCAACCUGAGCAUGAUCCAGCCGCCACAGUGCACAGUCAUCGCACACAUGAGAAUGGUCCUAUGCCAAGUUAGUGCUUUCUUUCACGAAUACAUCAUCUCACGUCCAGAGGAAGAGAACAUCAUAUUUGCACUGGAGGUCUUUGCACUGAAGGGGCGUUGCCUUCCAACCACCCGGCGCACAGGACGUCAUCUUGUCAUAGAGGACAGCUGGGACAGAGACAGAAUUGUGUUCGAGAGCAUUGACUUCUCGCGGCUACGGUCAUUAACAGUACUCGGGAAGUGGGAAUCAUUCUUUAUCUCUAAAAGUAUGAAGGUGCUUCGUGUGCUUGAUCUGGAGAAUGCGAGAGAUGUGUCAGAUAAAGACCUCAAGCAGAUGGUGAAGCUUCUUCCUCGUCUGAAGUUCCUAUCUCUGCGAGGAAGAAGUGAGAUCUGCCAUCUGCCGAGUUCAUUGGGUGAGCUAAGGCAGCUUGAGACUCUGGAUGUCAGGGGCACCUCCAUAGUCACCUUGCCGGCAUCCAUCACCAAGCUAAACAAGCUACAAUACAUCCGUGCUGGCAAAACUUCCCGCACAGAGGAAUCAUCAACACCAUGUCCUUCGAGAUCCUGGUUGCCCAACCUCUGCAGAUCUCGGCAACUAGUUGGUGUUGAGGUGCCUAAAGGGAUUGAUAAACUGACGGCGUUGAACACGCUCGGUGUUGUCAAUGCUGAUAUUGCGUGGGGCAAGGAUACCCUGAAAGAGCUCAGGAAGCUCACCCAAUUGCGUAAGCUCGGUGUGUCCGGUAUCAACAAGAAAAACUACAAGGAGUUCUGUGCUGCCAUCUCAAAUCAUGUCCGUCUGGAAUCCUUGUCAGUGUGGCUCGGCAAGGGCAAUCAAGAUUAUCUGGAUAACAUCUCUUCGCCUCCGGAGAACCUUCAGAGCUUUAAGCUAUAUGGGCUUAUAAAAAAGGUGCCAGCAUGGAUCAAAGAUCUUCCCAGACUUACAAAGUUGGAUUUGGAGAUAGCCAUGUCAGAAGAAGUUGACAUGAUUAAAGUCCUUGGGGAGAUAAAAGAACUAUGUAUCCUACGUCUCUGUGUCAAGCCGCUUCAAGAUGGUGAUUGUAGGCUUGAUUUUUGUGUCUGGGUGAAUGGACAGCAGCAGCGCUGUUAUUCAAAGGUUAAGAUCCUCGAGAUAGCUUGUAGCUCCAAGGUAAAUGUAUCCUUUGGAUCAGAAGCAAUGCAAAAUCUCGAACUGCUGAUGGUUCACCGCUGUAGUGGGUCGACAUUUGAGUUCACUGAGCUAAAGAAUCUGUCUAAACUAAAACUCAAGGAAGUACGGCUUAUGGGUUCCCAUGACAACACACUUAAGGAGGACAUGGAGAAACAACUCAAGGAGCAUCCAAGGAAACCUGCUUUGAAGCUGGAGGAACCAUAUUCAUCCUGAUGUGAGCUUGCGAUGAUCAGUCUGUUGACCCAAGCAUCGGUACAACUACAUGAUUGGUCCUGUUCAUUACUUUUUCUUUUUCCUAUCACUUGAUCCAGUACUACGAUGUGAACAUCAUGCCAAUUUAAACUAAAACAUCUGCAUCCUUUAAGCUGUCAAGAUGAUUGGUACUUCUCCUAUGUGUAUUCUGCAUCGUUAGGAGAAGAUGUGAAAAUCAUUUCGUUCAACAAAAAAGAAGUGAAAAACAUAUAUAGCUAAAUUCUGCCCAGUUCUUUUCCUCUGUACUGGAAACGUUCUGCUUAUGUAUCUUCUUAAUAAUGGAAAAGAAGGUUCUGUUGUUGUA